ACCGCCACGACAUCCAACAUUCCCAGACACCCAAGCACCCACACAAAGAACACAUACACACAGCAAGCGGAAGAAGCUUUUUUCCCGAGGAAGAGCGGCGAGGAUGCAGACGGCCAAGGUGAAGGUGAAGGACGCGGUGAGCUCGGCCAAGGAGAAGGCGAAGGAGGGCACGGCCAAGGCGCAGGGCAAGACGGGCAAGGCCACGGCGACCACGCACGGCGAGAAGGAGAUGGCCAAGGAGGAGACGCGCGCCAACGAGGCCCAGGCCAAGGCCGAGAUGCACCAGGAGAAGGCCGAGCACCGCGCCGAGGCCGCCGCGGGGCGCCACGGUGCCACGCACGUGCCCCUCACCGGGCCGCAUGGCCACCACCGCCCUGCGGGCGCCGCCGCCGACCCUGCGUACACGGGCACCGGCGCGUACCCGACCACGGACAAGUACGUCUAGACGCCAGAUGAUCGGGGGAUCAGGAGCUGGCAGCUAGUGUUUUUUGUGUGUGGCUAGUGAUCCUGCCCGUGUGUCGUAGUUGGCGCGCGCGUGUAUGCUGUGCGCACAUGCGUGUGCCCGAAUAAAAUGUAUCGGUCAGUUGUAAAAUGCACCUUUGAUGUACUAGUAAUUUGUGAGUCCA